AGUAGCUUCACAAUCAUGAAACCGAGUGGUAAAUCUUUCCGAUAGAACAAGCAAUUGAGUUAUUCCAGAUAGUGACUUUGAAUAUUUGGGAACCAAAUGGAUAGUUGUGGAAUUUGUGAGAUGGUGCAAAGACGAUGGAAAGCAACGAAAUGUCAUUUCCACAUCAUCCAAUAAAUUACUCAGUUGUUGGCAAUUCCAGUGAAGUUGAUAUCAAAUUGGGAAAAUUGGGGGAGAACAAGAUCUAUAAGGCUUUGUGGAGCCGCAAUGUUUGCAAUAAUACCAUAUAAGAUAUGUGAGAACAAAAGAUAGAGAAUAUGGAGAUAGCAAAGAAUUGGACAUCGACGUAUUUUUCUUUGGGAUUUCUGCUUUUGUGUAUUCAGAGCGGAAAAGCAGCUGCCAUUUCCACAAAUGGUAUUCAAAUCAAAGACACUCACAUUCAGAACAUUGACUUGGAAAAUGAAUACGAGCUAGUAGAAAUGGAUCAUCAGGCACAUCAAGAAUCACCAAAACUGAUAGGGACUCCGGUGAUAAAUCGAGGACCCUAUUUCGAUACAUCAGCUUCGAAGAAUGUAACUGCUUUAGUUGGAAAAACUGCCUAUUUGAACUGCAGGGUCCACAAUCUUGGCAAUAGGACGGUAUCCUGGAUCCGUCAUCGAGAUCUUCAUCUUUUGACUGUUGGAAGGUUCACUUACACAUCUGACCUCAGAUUUCAGAGUGUUCACAAUCCACAGACGGAAGAUUGGUCACUACAGGUCAGAUACCCACAGAAAAGGGAUUCAGGCAUUUACGAAUGUCAAGUGUCAACUACUCCACCAAUUGCACAUUGUAUGCAACUCUCAAUCGUCGAGCCCAUUACAUCCAUUCUGGGUGGACCCGAAUUGUUCAUCAAUACAGGAUCGACGAUUAACUUAACGUGUAUUAUUAGACAUUCACCUGAGCCUCCGCCAGGCAUCUAUUGGACACACGAUAAUUUGGAAAUCAGCUAUGAUUCACCCCGCGGAGGAGUUUCCGUCAUCACGGAAAAGGGCGAAAUUACGACAUCCUACCUACUAAUUCAGAGAGCCAAGGACCCAGAUUCUGGGAAGUAUACUUGUUCACCGUCAAACGCCAAUCCAGUCUCCGUUACUGUCCACGUUCUCAACGGUGAACAUCCAGCAGCAAUGCAGCAUGGGGAUCAAUUGAAGAUAAGUGAUCCAAUCUACGUAUUCGUCUUAGUUUUCUUCACAAUAAUGUGCGGACGAUGAAAAUCUAUUUACCAAAAAAAAAAGUUGUGUAAAAAAAAUUACUUCCAUCUCGUUUGGAAUAGAAAAUCAACCUCCAGACCGUGUAAAGAGCAUAUUUUGUUAUUUGAAGUUAUGUUUUCUCAUUAAAGAAUUUACACAAGUGAGAAUUGGAUGAAA